AUGAUUCAAAGACGCCGAUUCCCAUAUGACGAUGGCGGCAAAUACAGUGUCGAACCUAUACCGUUAGGCAGCGUGAAAGGGAGAUUGACAGAAGAGGAGGAGCGCAGUCUGGCCAAAGACAUGCGCGAACUCUACGAGAACCGCUUAUUGCCAAGUGAGAGAGUUGAAAAGAACCGCCAGAAGCUGCUGCGCAAGUUGGAGAAAAUCUUCAACGAUGAAUGGCCGGGGCACGAUAUCAAGGCGCAUCUCUUUGGGUCCUCUGGAAACUUGUUAUGCUCGGAUGAUUCAGAUGUCGAUGUGUGCAUCACCACCGACUGGAAAGAGAUGGAGAAAGUCUGCAGGAUAGCAGCACUGUUGGAUCGGCACGGCAUGGAAAAGGUCGUCUGCAUCUCUGGCGCUAAGGUGCCCAUUGUCAAGAUCUGGGAUCCAGAAUUGUGCCUUGCCUGUGACAUGAACGUCAACAAUACUGCCGCCCUCGAGAACACCCGAAUGGUGCGAAUAUAUGCCGAAAUCGACCCCAGAGUACGACAAUUGAUGAUGAUCAUCAAGUACUGGACACGCAAGAGGAUAAUAAAUGACGCAGGGCUGGGGGGCACACUCAGUUCCUACACGUGGAUAUGUCUUAUCAUUGGCUUCCUGCAGCUACGGACGCCCUCGGUGUUGCCGACCCUUCACGCGCUGCCCUACAAAGUAGCAAGACCAGGCGCCGAGCCAAGUAGCUUUGCAGACAAUCUGAAGCGACUCAAGGGGCUCGGCAACGACAACAAGUCCUCCGUGGCGGAUCUUCUGUUCCAGUUCUUUCGCUUUUAUGCGCACGAGUUCGACUACGAAAACCAGCCAGCUUACGACCAUGCAAGCAGCAUGUACCCUGCGAUCCUCAACACGCAGCAGGAUUUGUCAUGGUACACGAGCCCGCAGUAUGCCCAGUAUCCUUAUCCGCAUGAUUACAUGGCUCUGUAUCAGUCCCACCAUAUGCAACAGCUAUACGCGCAGCAGGCUUACAGCCAUCAGCAGCAGCAGCACCAGGGAAUGGCGCAGCAGAUGAUGGCAACCGCUUCAAGUCCUGGACAAUCGGGCUCUUCGUACAGGUCGCGCACCAAUUCCUUUGAUAAUCAGCCGCAACCGCAACCGCAACCGCUGCAAGCCGCAAUGCGGCCAGAUCUGUACCAGUUGUAUGGGAUGUCCUUGGCGCCAGCGCUGUUUACCCAGGGAGGAUACACCUUCUCCCAGCCAUCUGUAAGCAGCAACGGUGUUGGUCAUGCGCAGCAUGACUUUAGGCGAUCCAUGCAGAGGUCCACGCACAACGGCGAAAAGGGCACAGCCGCUUCAAACAGCACGCUUAGAUCGCAGUCUCAACCAGCGGCACGCUCACCAUCAACAUCGCACCCUGCUAUCAAUGUCCAGGCGUUAGCUGGUUCCAUGCCGACGAGCCACUCGGCGAACAGCGCGAGUAUGGCUCAAGCGAACGGCGCACUGCCGGACGCUGCAUCAACUCUCGAUGAAGUUGACUUUGACGAAACUCCGAAAGCAACCGCCAUCACUCCGCGAUCCGAAGAGGACCAACGAGCAACGUAUUUCUCAGAAAGUCCACACUCGAUGCAGCCGACCGCGGAUGCACGCAGCGUUCCUUCCAGUGACGCGAACGGGACCUCGAAUAAACGACGCCCUUCUGGAGACCUUCCGCAAACCAUCCUUGACCGAAGGAUGAAGCGAACUUCUCGGUCGCCAUCCCCUGCGCCACCUCGGGACUUUUUGACCCAAGGUCCAGGCAGUGGGCAGCAGUCUCCCAGCAAGCGGGUGAACGACCCUUCCCGGCCUCUGGUGGUGAACGGUUCAGGUCCUAAGGCUAGCCUGUCCGCCGCCUCACGCUCGACCUACGGUGAGCAGCAGACCAUGUACCAACCAUAUGGUUUGCCGCACCUGCAACCGGUCCCGUAUCAGCACAUGAACGGGGCCGUUACGGGAGUUCCCGGCAAUCCUCCCAUUAUGGUGAAUGGGAUGCAAUCGACAACCAGCCACCUUGCGACAGAAGACCCAUCUUUUCGCGAGCGCAUUGCCAUGAUGAGCACUCAAUACAUGAAUCCACAAUACCUCAGCCAAGAAACAAAGCCGGUGGGGAAUGGAGGACUGUCGGCUGCAGCGCGACAGCAGCUCAUGAACCAAGGACCGCAGAAUGCGGUGAUUGCUCCUCUUGAUCUGGCCAUCUCGAAUGAUCGAGGUGGCAUGGCUGGAGAAAUGGAAAACUCGCUCCUUUCGCCCGUGUAUGAGAGCAGCGCACUGACGCCCCCCGUGGCCACGCCAGCUGAGAGCAGCAGGGCUGCCAAAGCGGCACCUUGGACAGGCGCGGUGAAGCAGCAUCUGAAGCUUGAUCAGCCACUGCCUGAGCUACCCAAGUCGUCUGCAAAGGCAGGCGGCAAGCAAGGUGCGCAGGCGAAGCCAAGUGGCUCACAUGGUGGUCACGUGCGUGGAGCCAAGAGUGAGAGUGACGGAGCAUGGCAGAAGGCUGGGAAGGGUAAGAAAAAGACUGCAGCUGCCGGCGUCCAGCAUGGCUUUGCCGAGAAACCGCCCAAGGACUCCUCUGAGCGCAAGGGUGGUUGA